UCAGUGGAGCCAGGCCGUUCUGAACCGACCCGGGCUAAUUAACCGGCAUGCAGCUACGUGUAAUACAUAGUAACUUUACUGCAACAUAAGGGAGAAUGGCGAGCCUGUGGAGAUCGUACCAAGUGUUGAUGACCAAACGCCCCUGGACAGUGCAGUUAGUGACUGCUGGGUCUUUGGUUGGCGUCGGCGACGUUGUCUCCCAGCAGGUGUUCGAGAGGAGAGGAUUGGCUCAUCACAACGUCCAGCGGACGGCCAAGAUGAUGAGCAUCGGUUUCUUCUUUGUGGGCCCAGUCGUCGGCAGCUGGUACAAAGUUUUGGACCGGCUGGUGGUUGGAGGCGGGAAAAGUGCCGCCAUGAAGAAGAUGCUGGUUGACCAGGUGUUUUUUGCUCCGUGCUUCCUGGGAGCUUUUCUCGGUAUCUCCGGUGUUCUGAACGGACUGACGGUGGAGGAGAACGUCACCAAGCUCAAGAGGGACUACACAGAUGCCCUGAUCUCGAAUUACUACCUGUGGCCCCCGGUCCAGAUCGCCAAUUUCUACUUCAUUCCUCUCCACCACAGGUUGGCGUUCGUCCAGAUCGUUGCUGUUGCGUGGAACUCCUACCUGACCUGGAAGGCCAAUAAGAUGUGACCAAUGAUCACAAGUCCUUCCCGUGAUGCUGAUGAUGAUGAUGAUGAUGAUGAUAAUUUUACACUCAUUUGUAGUGUGUGUGUGUGACAUGGGCCGUUCUGGUCUAACAUACUUCUUCUGAUAUUUCCAAUGUGUAAAACUGUGACUGACUCAUUUAUAAAGGUCGGGAGAAAGUGCUCGUCUACUCUGAAUGACAAAUUCACACUUGAAAGUCAAACUCGCGUUUACAUAAAUGUCUUUGAAAGUUUAUUUAUGGAAAUGAGAUUUGGCAGUGAUGCUGCAGUGUAGCCACACACACACACACACACAGACACACACACACACACAUAUUACAUUAACACCAACUAGUUGCAAAGGAAACUUUUCUAAUCCAUUCUAUUGUUAGUCAUCAUAAUUGUGUUGAAGGAAAAUUAUAUAACAGAUUAA